AUGGAUUAUAUGCUAAUCAAAUUAGAGUUUAGUGAUAAGGGGAUGUCUUGGAUGAAAGCUUGUGUCUUUGCCAGGAACCUUGCUGUUCUAAUGAAUGGGUCUCCUGCCCAGGAGAUUGGCAUUCAGAUGGGUCUGAAACAAGAGUAUCCCCUAGUUCAUUUUAUUUUUAUUCUGGUUGUUGAGGGUCUUAGUGGUUUGGUAGUGAGGACAAAGGAGUUGGAUCUGUACUCUGGAUUUAAAGUUGGUACUUCUGGGUUGGUAAUGUCUCACCUUCAGUAUGCUGAUGAUUCUUUUUUGGUGGUUGAUUCAUCUAUAGAGAAUAUGUGGUGUAUUAAGGUUAUUCUUAGAGAUUUUUAG